AUGAAACCCCUCCAACUCUCCGUCCUCCUCUCUUCCAUCACCACACCCUUCGCCCACGCCCUGGUCUUCCCCCUUCCCGCCAACGCCCCCUACCAAGUCCAAUGGACCUCCACUGAGCUCGUCGACGCCAACCGGCCAGACCCCUACAAUGCCUCUCACUCGCGGCGCAUCAUGUUCUCGCAGUUCACGCCCAUUUCGAAAGGCGACUGCCUCAAAACUUGUCACGUGCCCUACAUGUCGUCCUUCAUGGGCUCCGUCGAGGAGGCCAUCUUCGACGCCUUCCUAGGCGAUGAUAUCGGGUGGCCGAAAGGGCUGCUAGCAGAUCUCGAGCUGGAAGUGUGUUGCAAGGUGCGCAAACACAGCAGCAGCAACAAGCCCACCCAUAACAAGAACCACCGCACCAUAAUCUACGACACCGGCCUCAACACCACCCGCCUGCUAUACUCCGCCGCCGCGCAAAACCUCGCCGCCACCCGCGGCUACGAAGUCAUUGUGGUCGACCACCCCUACGACACCGAUGCUGUCGUUUUCCCCGAUGGCUCCGUGAUCUACGGCGGGCGGGUCCCGCGCGACCCUGAAGCGCUGGAGGAACUGGCGUAUGCGCUAGACGCCAGGACGCAGGAUGCGAAGAUGGUGUUGGAUUAUUUGGGCGUUCCCGGAGGCGGGCCUCCUUCAUCUUCUUCUCGCGGCAGUGAGGGACACAAAUUCGGCAAGGUCGGUUUCGUGGGUGAUUCCUUUGGUGGUCCGGCCGCGGCGGACGCGAUGCUUAAGGACGCUCGCGUGGUAGCAGGCGUGAACAUGGACGGCAUCAUGUUUGGGCCGGCUGUGGAUGUCGGCGUGGCGGGACCGUUUUUGACGUUUGGCACGCCAGAACACAACUCAACCACUGAACCGACGUGGACACCAUUCUUUAACGCGUCGGUGGCGCAGGACGCGUGGAUCAAGGAGUUGAGCGUGGCGGACUCGGUGCAUGGGUUGUUGAUCGAUUUUGGCUUGAUGGGGGACGUGGCUGGGCUGAGAGGAGAGGGUAGUAAGUUGGUUGGGUUGGUGUUUGGGAAGAUUACGGGGCAGCGAACGUUGGAGAUUCUGAGUGCGUACUUGUCAAGUUUCUUUGACUUCGCCCUGGAGGGGAAGGGGGAGGGAUUGUUAGGCGGUCCGAGCGAGGAGUAUCCGGAGAUUUCAUUCAUCCCGCUGGCAGCAUAG